UUCCCGUUUCCUUUCGCUCUUUCACCACAAUCCCCUUCUCUAUGUUGAACUUGCAGGUGGGACGUUUCUGACGAUACUAGGUACUAAAUGCAAACUUGCCUCCUUAAUCGUAUCUUCCAAAGCCCAACCAUCAGCACGACUAUGGCCAGCGGAGCUGCUUUCCAGACGUUCAUUUCUACAUAGCCUCGUCUUUUCGUGUCCUCAAGUAUCUAGGUGGGCCGAGGUUCCGUCGUUACCUAGGGAGGUAGAGUGCCUGCUACGCUCCUUCAGCAUGGCUUCUAUCUACCGGCUAGGUACCUUGGGCAGUCAAGAUGUUCAGGGUCCGCUCCCUAGGUAAGGUACUGCGUUUCUGUGCGUCGGCAUCCGUCCCAAGCACUUGGUCGUAUCUCCUGUGGGCUGCGAACUAGCAAUCUGCGGUGAAAACAAAACUUCGAAUCAACUCCAGACCUACGUAUCUCUUGGCAGAGUCUUCGGACUGGAUGGUGUUUCACACAUGACAUUGCACACGAGGCGGAAACUUACCCAGAGGGCUCAAGGGGUUCCUGCAAUCUACCCAGAAAGUCGUGUUAUGUAACUGGUGAGGAUCUCAUUUCCUCUUUGAGUUGUCGAGCAACGGGAUCUAAUACGGCAGCUGUACCUUAUUACCUUAGCGGUCUCGCAGUUUGAUCGUCACGUGGCCAUUGAAACACCGAACUCCGGCUCUCCAGGUGCGUGGGCCUCAGCUAAGUCGGGUAGUAGGUUCCGAGCAGGGCAGGUACCUACCUACCUACCCGAGCUACCUCAGGCAUCUCAUAAGUGGGAUGGAUCCACUUCGGCAGGUUUCCGGCCAGACCAAUGACAUGCAAGAAGGACAUGGCGCGGCUUUUUAUUGCUUGGCCUGAACACCGUCAAAAUAUCUUCAUUCUGGUGAGCUGGAUUAAUACCUGAAGGUUAGUAAUCGCGCUCUUCGCAUCUUUAUAGACUCCUCUGUCGACAUCUCACAAUCUCCACGCGAGAUUGAUGAUAUUGAAGAGCCUGUAUUUUACCUCUCUGCUUCUCUUCAUGUUACCUGUGCGAUUUCGGUGCCAUCGUUCCCCUCUGUUUACAUUGCUUUAUCCGAAGUCCCAACUUGGUGAAAGGUUGGAUGGGCGUUGUCUUUCGUUCUUCACUAGACGUAAGCCCGUCUAGUAGAGUAUUUCAGUUGUCAAAGUAUUUGCUGAGUGGAUCCAGAGAUGGGUUGGAAAGACCAUAAGCUGCAAAAGGCCGGAAUUGUCGUCGGAAUUGUACCGGCCUCAACAAUAUAAGCUCAAUAAUUCCCACAAAUCCCCCCCAAAAUUCCUUUUCCUUCUUCACAGCACAUACUUCUCCUUCUCUAAACGCUUUCUCACCACUUUCUUGCCUAAAAAUCGACACGCAACACCAAGUACAUUCUACUUCUCUCCUUUGAUCACGUCUAUCUUCCAACAUGGGAUCAAUUGCUACCACCCCUUCUUUCAAUGUCCUCCGCGACACAAAGCCCGAGGACACCACCAUGCCAGCCUUUAUGGUGUCAACUACAAGAGGCUUCCUCCCACGACAAGAGCCCGUCAUCAAGCUCCCAGCAGAGUUUGAUCCAUUGGAAUCUAUCCUCACCCGGAUGCCCAUCAAGAAUCUUGAUGGCAGUCCAGGUCUACUUGCUACCUUCAUGCUGGGCGAGACUGUUCUUAAGGAGCUGCCUGAUCUUACCUCGGCCAUCAACAAGUACAAAGAUAACAUGCCGCUGAUGAACGCCAUCUACAGAGACUACUCGUUUCUGGCUUCUGCUUAUCUCCUGGAGCCUUGUCAUGAGCGAUACCUCAAAGGUGAGGGCUACGGUUUGGGACGUCAAACCCUGCCUUCAGUCAUUGCCGUUCCUAUCUCUCGAUGUGCUGAGCUCGCUGGUUUCAAACCUUUCAUGGAGUAUGCUGGCUCGUAUGCGCUCUUCAAUUACCGCCUCGAAGAUCCCAAGCGAGGUCUUGAGUAUGAUAACUUGCGUCUGAUCCGCGCCUUUGAGCAUGGCCUCGACCCAAAAUCAUCCGAGGCCGGUUUCGUACUCGUUCACGUUGACAUGGUUCAAAAUUCUGGUCCACUUGUUGACGGUGUCGUCUCGGCCCUCGAUGCAUGUGAAUCUAAUGACCGCGAAGCCUUCAACACUGGCAUGGAUAAGGUCGUUAGAAGCAUGACCAAAGUGAACAAAGUAAUGGAUGGGAUGUGGGGAAAGAGUAAGCCAGGGGAUUACAUUUCUUUCCGCACUUUCAUCUUUGGCAUCACCAGCCAGAGCAUGUUUCCUCAUGGUGUCGUCUACGAAGGAGUUUCAGAGGAACCAAUGUCAUUCCGAGGAGAAUCUGGGGCAAAUGAUAGCAUGAUUCCACUCUGCGAUAACCUCCUUCAAAUCACCAUGCCCGACACACCCCUCACAACUAUCUUGCAAGACUUCCGUUCUUACCGACCUGGUAACCACAGAGACUUCCUCGAGUACGUGCGCUCGCGGUCAUCUCUCCUUGCGCUCCGCUCCUACGCGCUUCAAGACCCCACCUCCACAGCUUUCUACCUCCAGGCUCUAGAUCAAGUCCGAGACUUCAGAUGGAGGCACUGGACUUUUACUCGGGAGUAUAUUCUCAAAAAGACGGCGCAUCCUGUCGCUACUGGUGGAAGUCCAAUUGUGACGUGGUUGCCGAACCAACUGCAAGCCGUGCUAAAUGCUAUGGUUGAUGUCUGGGAGGGUAGCGGGAAGCAGGGGCUGGGGAAGAAGUGUGAGGAGAUUAUGGAAUUCGCUAUCCAACAGAAGGAGACGCUUACGAAAGAGGUGGAGAAAUAUUGCGCCGAAAGAAAUGUUGACUUGGGGAAUAUCUAGGGGACGUGCCUGGUCGCGUAGCGGAUGUCGCCCAUAGCUGCUAUGUAUCACUUCUUGAAGUAGUCUAAUUCUUUCCGCUGUCUAGACAUCUUU